AUGUCUGAUUCUGAUUAUGAUUCAGAUUCAGAUUCUGAUUCAGAUUCAGCAACAUCAGGCACAGGCGCACCAGAAGAAGCAGUGCCACUGUUUGGAGCAAUUUCUUUAAUCGGAAGAAGAAGUUCAAUGGAAGAUGCGAUAUCUGUUUGGCCAAAUCUUUGCUCCCCUUAUAUCAAUCAACAUCGCCCUAUUGAUUUCUUUGCUGUUUACGAUGGACAUGGUGGACCUCAUGUUGCUGGGUUGUGUAGAGAGAGAAUGUAUCUUAUGCUACUAGAAGAAUUGUUGAUGACAAACACCGUCAUAACUGGUAGCAGCAGCAACAACAACAACGACAACAUCUUUACCCGUCUGUUCCAAAGACAAUUGGAACGGGAGAGUGUUAAGGAGACGUGGAAAAGGGUGUUGAAGAGCUGCUUCGAGAAAAUUGAUGAGAUGGCGUUUGAUACGUGCUAUGAGUGUGGUAUAGGUGUUCCUUGUGGAUGUCCACCACAACACUAUGGACUAGGAGGCUCCACUGCUCUACUCACAAUUCUAACUGGAAAAACUAUUAUUGUGGCUAAUUGUGGAGAUUCACGCGCCGUUCUUUGCCGUGGUGGGAGAGCCAUACCUCUAUCUAUUGAUCACACGCCAGACAGACCAGAGGAACGUGCUAGAAUUGAGGCAUGUGGAGGCCAUGUUGUUUAUGAUGAUUGUGCACGAGUUCUAGGAAUACUGGCUAUUUCUCGUGCAAUAGGAGCCAAGUAUCUAAAGAAGUAUAUCAUAUCCGAGCCAGAGUUUACAUUCACAAAAAGGGAAGCAGAAGAUGAGUUUUUAAUCCUUGCUAGUGAUGGUUUAUGGAACGUUGUAUCAAAUGAUGACGCGUGUCAGGUGGCGAGAGAAUGUCUUCAAAAAGAAAAGCCAUUUGGGAGAGGAGAAGUAUUUUCUUCCCCAAGUAAUGCAGCAGCAGCGUUGCUUACUCGGCUAGCUAUGGGACGGGGUAGCCAAGAUAACAUAAGUGUUAUCGUUGUUGAUUUGAAGAUAGACUAUAUUGAAGUUUAGUUUGAGGAGAAGUUAACUUCUUUAGUUAAAUAUCUUAUUUGGAGAUGGUUAAUUAAGCUUUGCAUAAAAGUUUUUCUCUUAUUGAGGAAGCUAAUUAAAGACUAUGGUAUGUAUUUGCAUAAA